AUGCAAGGUCGCAAUAGAGCCCCCCCCCAUUCCGGGCAAGAGACAAGGGAUAGUAAAUCCCAAAAAUUAAUGUCACAGCCCCUUUUCCAAUCGGAUUGGAUGCAGCACCCUCGAGCAAAGAACGAUGUAUCAUUCGGAUCGCUGCCUGGGUGUUCCGAGGAGGUGUUCUCUCCCACAUGGCGCGUCCAUGCCUUGCUCUACCACGUCAAUACCACGCUUCAAUCCCGGCAAUUCAGUGGCCGUCAUGAUUCCAGUCCUUUGGGUUUUCUCCUGAUACCUGCUUCUUCCGGCUACGGCCAUUUUUUUGUUGGUUUUAUUAGAGGGUGCUUUGUUCGCUAG